CAGAUUACUAUUACCACACGACAACCAUAGGAGGCAUUGUAUUCUUUAAUUUAGUUUAAUUUGAUGACACAUUAAAAACAUUUAUUUUUGAAUGACCAUCAAAAUAUGGAUAUAUACAAACGAAAAUUUCUGCUGGAAAUUGUGGAGGCAACACUUUGUUGAUAUAUUAAUACAAACAUAUUUUUCUACAAUGAAGAAAGUGAAUGGUAUAACAAGGAUUUUUUGAACGAUAAAAGUGAAAUAAACAGAUAUUCAGAAUUAACCAUUUGUGCGAGUACAACUAGUUUUUGAAGUAUGGCUUCAGUUGUUGAAAAUUUAAUCUACCUGAUUCAGGAACAUCCAACAAAACGAAAUGAAUCAGAAAUAUCUUCUGUCAUUCCAUGGCUUAGAAAGAGGAGUAAAAUGUUAUCUUCACAGAAUGAUGCUGUCCUUACGGAUAUAGUUAAGCACUGUGAACAUCAGGUAAAUGAACGUGAUGACGUCAUUAUUCGCCAAGGAGAACGUGGAGACAGAUAUUCUUCCGAUGAAGACUGGUUGCCACUGUUAACAUGGGGAGACAGUGACCUAUCAAGUUUGAAUCCUGAUAUAGAGCCACGUUUUUAUAUCAUACUGAGUGGAACAGUUUCCGUAUACAUAGACCCAAGGAUGACUGGAGAGGAAGAUUAUGGAGCAACACACAAACCUACCUCAGCUAGGAAAAUAUCUGCCAAAUCUGAAACCAAAGACGACAAGAAUAAAAAACAGGAGGGAGAAGGAGAAAAGAAAGAAUUUACAACAGAAGAAGAUGACAAAGAAAACACAACAGGGGAAGAAGAGAAGAGGGUCACAGAACAACAGAAACAGCCAAAGAGAAUCAAAGAACUUGACAGAACAAAGUUUGGCAAAAUGAUUGUUCAAUAUGGACAGGGAGAGUCAUUUGGGGAAGUUGCAUUGAUAAAACGUGACGCCUAUAGAAAUGCUACUAUCAUUGCUGAUGAAGAUUGUGACCUUAUGUUAAUUGGAGAAGAUUUGUAUGAAAGAUCGUUAAAGGCCUCCAAGGAAGAGGAGUUUGCGUCUAUUUCACGAUUUAUAGAUACUCAUCCAUUUUUCUGUGACAUGCCAGCCAAACUCAAGAAACUGCUGGAGAUGAGUCUUAGGAAAGAGAACUUUAUCUUUGACUCCAUUUUAAUCCGACAAGGUGAUCCAGUAUUUGGUAUGAUGUUCCUAAAUAGUGGACAGGCCAACAUAACCGUAGAACCACACAAACAUCCAAAACAAUAUCCACAGCUGUGGCCAUUUGAAGCAGGAAUAGAUAUAUACUCCAUUGAGUUUGAGUAUUUAAGGGAACCUAGGCGACAAGCUAUACUUAGAAAAUACGAGGAUCCGUCAGUGUGGGAAACAAAGUCCGAAGAUGUUGUUAUACGAAGAACCGAGGGAUAUGCCGCAAUAGAACGCAGAAUGAAGGAACGUCAUAUUGAUCUUUGUAGUGUCACCUCUGGAGAAGUAAUUGGUGACACUGAGAUUCUAAUGAAUCUCAAUACAUACCUUUAUACAGUAAAAUGCACAGCAAAUACGGAAGUGUUUAUUUUAGAUACGAAAAACUUUGAAAGAUUGGUAGGAAAGAAAAAUACAAAUACUACAGAUAUAAUCAGGGAAUAUGUGAAAUCGAAGCUCAAAACAAGGAUGGAAAUGAAAAAUGGACCUUUAGUGCCAUUGCUUCCAUACUUGCAUUUCAAAUUAACAGCGUUAACACUUCCAGUUGAGAAACCACUUCCGCCCCUUAAGAAUUCAAAACAUCUUCCUAACAAAGAAUAUCAAACAAAACAUUUAUUGAAUCUUUUUAAAGAAGGCAAGGCUGUUUUAGUUGACCCAGUUGUUCCUGGGGUCCAUUAUUACAAGGAACUAAUGUUGGAAAAAGCUAAAGCACGUGAGUUAAGUAGACGAACCGACGAUAGCACUGCGGCUAAUCUCAGGGCUAUGAAGAGAAGUCCUCGAAAACAACCGAGGAGUUUAAUGGCAAUUCGAGAAUCCCUUCAACAAAUGAUGGAAGCGGAAGUAAUUACAAUGGAAAAUAAGAAAUCUAAACAGAAAUUUAAACGCUUGAAAAAGAAAACAGGAUCGAAAUAUUCUGUCGACAAUGAACAGCAUCUAAUUGAUUCAACAAACGAAUCUGCAUCAAGCAUUGCUGAUAGCGUCAAAGGAAAGAAAACAAAGCUUAAGAAAAAGAAUGGUAGCAUAGCAAGUAGCAAGUCAGAAUCUGCCAGUCAAUCAGAUAGUAAUAACAACGAUAUUGCAGAGCAGUCGUCAACACAAAAACCAACCACACCUAUAAAAAUUACAGUUGAUACAGUUGCAAGUUCUGAUUCAGGCCUAAACAAAUCCCAGGAAACCACUUCAGUGGAAAAUAAAAAAAAGUUGGGGAAACCGGUGCUUAUAACGGAACUAAAACGUAGUGAAUUAGAUUUACCAGCUAUUCACGAAGAGAGAACUGAAGAAGAAAUUCUAUUGUAUAGUCCUAUACCUAAAGCAGAAGUAAAUUCAAAACCAAUGAUUAAAUCGCAUAUAAACACAGAAAAUACUCAGACAUCUGAAAAUAAAGAGGAAUUUGAAAUAAAUUCAAAUAGAUUAGAAAAUGUAGAGACUGUUAUGAGUUUAGAACAGGAAUCAGAUGGCGAAAAACGUUUAAUUCUGCCUCAGUUACGACCAGUAAAAGAAAAGAAAAAAGCAACUUCAAAAGAAACUACUCCAAGAAGGGAAGAAGAGGAAAGCGAGACAUGGGGUAACGCAAUGAAAUUCGUAAAUAAGCGUAUUCAGUCAAGGUUAACGGCAACGUCACUAGAUAACGUAUCAGAUACGUUUGAUUUUGAAUCUAGUGAACCAACGCUACGGCUUUUAGAAAGUCGAAUACAAGCGUUUCAUAUUAAGUAUGGAGGGAAAGCAAAGAGUCUGAAGACAAUGAAGUUACCUAAAUUGGCAAGAUUUGAUGCCCCAAAAGAAGAGCCAGUAACGCCAUUACCUGGUGCCAAAGUAUGGGUGAAAAAGAGAUCCUGUCAGUUUUCAACGAACAAGGUCCGAGUAAAAGACCAUGCACACAUCAGACAUCAUGUAGUACAUGAAAUUCCAGAAUUUGACCAUGUAAAACGAACUCAACAAGUACUAUCUAUUCUAACUGAAGAUGUUGCUCCACGAAACGAAAUGUUCACAUAACAUUACGCUUAGAAAUGAGAAUAAUAAUAACGGGUUGUUCUUAUUAGUAAUUAUCAAAAUACAGAAAUGGUAAUUGAAAUGCAUACAGUUUAGUUUCUUCGUUUUGAUGGCAAAGUUGAAUCUCCAAAAACUCCAAAAGAAACAAUUAACAAUGAAUGCACUUGUUAUAAUGUAUCAGCAUUUCGUGCGUAUUUGAGACUUCGACCCGAUGUAAACAUCAAUAUAAAUAUAAAUAGGCUUAGAAGCACGUAGGGUUGUGUUUUUACAAUUUUUCCAGGUCAGUUAGAUUUCAUGUCCUACAUUCAAAAAUAUAGAUCAUCGUUUUACCUGGUUACAAAUGAUUUCGUGUGGGCCGAAUCGAUGGAAGACCUGUGUUUUAUGGUGGCUCCCUUGUUUUACUUUUCAAUGUUGAAAUUCUUUUCUAUUUAAUUACUGAACACGCUUAGGCCAUGUGUAACCCAUCGUCAGCUAAAUAUCAAGUUUGGGUAACAUGCAUACGAGUUCAACUGUGGUUGCAUUAUUGACUUGCAAGUCAAUAAUUCAUUUGUGAUGUUUUCGAUCUUAUUUUGAUCAAAUUAAACCAAACUGACUGCUAAUAGCGAAAUCGUAUUUCGUUAUUCCGUUUUUAUAACUGUUGCAAAUAACAAAAAUCGUAUUUUAAUUUUUCGUCUAAAUCACAGCUAAUGCCUUUAAGACUUACUUUCCUUAAAAAAUCAUUUUAAUGCCAAAUUCAUAUAGAAGAAGAUAUGGAGAAUAACCUUCAAACUAAAACUAAUUCAUCAUUUGCAAACCAUUUUUUAACGUGAUAUGAGAACUCUAAUAUCAUUGUUUAGUCUGAAAUGAUACUGUUUACCAAAUUGUAUACAAGUUGUUUUUCUCAAUUACAAAUAUCUUGACGAUCAUCUAAAUUUUGUAUAAACAAGGAAAAAAAACAAGGAAAAAAUAUCAAACAAAAAAAUUACUUUUGUAUGUUUGUUCUUUAUUCCAACAUAGUAUUACGUUUAUAUGAAAUGAAUGGUAUAUUGUCUUAUUAAUAGUAGCAGGAAUGUAAAACAAAAGUUGAAUUAUUUUGAUCGUUGGUGCUUUGCAAUAUUAAUAUUCUCUUAAACUGUAAUAAAUUUAAAAAAAAAUGAAAAUUUUGAUACGAAUCCACGUAAAAUAACGUGAAACAUUCCAAGUUAUAUCAGUAGAAAAUGAAAUUUUCGAAUAAAAAGCGUCCUAAUUUUAUUACAUCUCAGAUUUUCCUUGGUGUUAUCAUUUGACAAACUAAACAAAAAUAACAUUUCAAAAUAUACGUUUGAUUAAACAAGAUAACUUAAAACUUCAAAUGGAAUCUGGAUCCAGAUUUAAGUACCGUAUAAGAUUUAGUAAAAAAAAAAGCAUUUCCAUCCUUUAACUUUAAUGCUGCAUACAUACUCUAAUAAAAUUAAUUUUAGCAGUCUCUAAAAUAUGCACAAUAUCUUAUUUGGCAUAAAUUUUGUAUUCCACUGCGGUUUUAUUAUCGAAUAAACUGCAAUUACCUGGAUUUGCACUUUUAUUAACUGUCAAAGCCGUCAUAUUUUGGCAAACAGGACUCAAAUAAGAUUUCCUUUAUGCAUAUACACUUGUCAGAUUGUAACUUUGUUUCUCUUCUUUUUUUGUACAUGAUUGACUCAAAAACAAGCAUUCAAAAAUUGGGGUGCUGACCUAAGAGUUAUUCGAUUAUAUUAAUAGAAUGUAUUGACAAUGUUUUUGUUAUUUUAUUGAUGACCAAUGCUAUUUUUAUGAUAUUAACAUUUGUUGAAAAAUGAAUUAAACUAUUUUGAUAAAUGA